AUGUUCUUCGAGGGCAGCCUUCAGGAGGGUAUUGCUGCCGCGCUUCUGCAGGGCAAGCCCGUGGCAUGCUUCGUAACGGAUGACGGAGAGGAGAGCCGAACAUGGCUGGAUGACUACAUGCAAGAUGCGCCCAUCAAGAACCUCUUGAGCAACCAAGCCAUCUUGAUGCGGCUUGAGGCCGGUUCAGAAGAAGCAGGCCAUCUCGCUGCCAUAUUUCCAUUGCCAAAGACACCCACGCUGGUUAUUAUCAAGAAUGGCGAUCUCAAGGGUUACAUCACUUCUGGCACCAGCAAAGGAGACUUCAUCCAGCGAGUUUCCCAAGCUUUCAGCACUACCUCGGCGACAACGACGCCAGCACCAUCCGCUUCGGCCGCCGCCACAACGCCUUCCCUCCAGACCCCACCUCAAACUCACCAACCGUCAACGUCGUCUUCCAGCUCAUCCGCCGGCGCUCCAACGCCCACGCAAGAAGAGAGCAAUGCGGCUGCCCUACGCGCUGUCAUGGCCGAGCGUCGCGCCCGGCUCGAAGCCCGCCGCCUGGAGGAGGAGCACAACGCAAAGGAAUCCCGCGCCGCACGUGCUGCCGCCGCCGCGACGGAUCCUGCCCCCGAAGCCGUCGAAAAGCGGCGCCACGCCGAGACCCUGCGCAAGCAACGCCAGGAUGCCGCCGACGAGCGCAACCGCAUCCUGCGUCGCAUCGAGGACGACAAGCUCGCGCGCCAGGCCCGCUCGGCGGCUGCGCGCGAGCCCAAACUCGGCGACGUCGCCGGCUCCCUGGCAAGCGCCGCAUCAAGCUCCGUCAAGCCCGCCGGCGGGCAGGCGGCGAUCCAGGUGCGCCUCUUUGACGGGUCGUCGCUGCGCACGCGCUUCGAGAGCACCGAGGCAACGCUCAAGACGACCGUGCGCGCCUGGGUCGACGACAAGCGCACCGACGGCCAGGCGCCCUACACUUUCAAGAUUGUGGCAGCGCCACCGCAGCCCAGUCGUCGCGUCGACGAGACGGAGGAGGGCAAGACGCUCGCCGAGCUGGGCCUCACGCCGAGCGCCACGCUCAUGCUGGCGCCCGUCAAGAAGUACGCCGAAGCCUACCAGGCGCCGCGCCGCGGGCUGCUCAAGCUACCGCUCGUCCUCUUUGGGAGCCUCAUCGGGCUGCUCGCCUGGCUGUGGGGCCUCGUGAGAGGCAUGUUCUCCGGGUCGAGCGCCGGCCGCGCGGAGAGGGAGCGGGCGAGGGAGGAAAGGGACAGGGAGGAGGCGGAGGCGCAGGCUGCCCAGGUCAGAGAGCAGCGCAAGGGCAAGUUCUCUCAGCUGGCGAAUCUCAACCAGAGAGACCAGCAGCUGUACAACGGGAACUCGCUCAACUUUGAGCCGAGGCCAGACGAGGAGGAGACAUGA